AUGGGAGGAGGAAGAGCUAUGGCGACGGCAGCGAAGGUGGCUGGAAUCGGAGUCUCGAAAGGAGGAUUCGGGUUUGCGGCGGCGGCGCUUUCUCCGGCGAGUAAGAAGUUUAUGGUCAAAAACACCGCCGUGUCUAAGCCGGUUACGGCUUCGAUUUCAUCGGUUGCUCAUCCUUCCAUCGAAGAAGGCUCGAUGAUUAUGCAUAGGCUGGUUUGGGACGAUUGGGAUUUUGUCAAAGAGGAGCUGAUUCCUAAGGUUGUUUUCAGUAAACCUCCUUCUCUCCAAGAGGCGAAGUGCUCAGGGUUGCUAGACGUUUUGAUGCUUAGAUCGAUUUUUCCGCAGGGUGGUAAAGUUUUUGAAGACGAACGAGCUUCAAAGAAUGAGUGGCAGUUUGGAAAGCCAAAUCGGGCGAUUCGGGACAGGCAUAUUAAGAAGAAAUCUCCACCUGGUCGAGGAAAAAAGCCUCGCGAUAAGAAAACAAAACGAUGGCACAGAGAUGGGAGCCUUGGCGACGAUGAGUUUGACGCUGAGACUACAUUUGCUGACAAACUAUUAGGUUAUCCCUUAUAA